CAUGUUUUAGGAGCAAUUACGCGCUUUUUUCUCUUCUCUCUUCCUCUCUAAAUUCUCUAAAAUUUUUUCAUUUUUAUUCUCUCUCUGUCUCAAACAGAGCAGUGCCAGCCAAUUAGCUAUUGAAGCGUCAGAUCUGAGCUUUGCCUUAUUGGGUUUUGAUUUUGAUCUUCUUUUGUCUACAUCGGAUCUGGUGCAUUAAAGGGGUCUUCGAAUUGGACUCUGUGUCUUUUCAAUACUUCUAAUAGAGAUCACUGCUUGUGACAAUGAAGAAGGUCUUUGAUCAAACUGUUAGGGACCUCAAAAGAGAGGUUAAUAAAAAAGUGCUUAAAGUUCCUGGAAUAGAGCAGAAGAUUCUUGAUGCAACUAGCAAUGAGCCCUGGGGUCCUCAUGGAACACUUCUUGCAGAUAUUGCACAGGCUACCAGGAAUUAUCAUGAAUACCAGAUGAUCAUGGCUGUUAUCUGGAAACGACUAAAUGAUACUGGCAAAAACUGGCGGCAUGUCUAUAAGGCUUUGACUGUUCUGGAGUAUCUGGUGGGUCAUGGAUCUGAGCGUGUCAUAGAUGAGAUAAGGGAACAUGCAUAUCAAAUAUCAACGUUGUCAGAUUUCCAGUACAUUGAUUCCAGUGGAAGGGACCAGGGUAGCAAUGUAAGAAAGAAAUCUCAGAGUCUUGUAGUCCUGGUGAAUGAUAAAGAAAGGAUAAUUGAAGUUAGACAGAAGGCUGCUGCCAAUCGGGAAAAGUUCCGCAUUGCUUCAGCUGGUGGAAUGUAUAGGCCUAGUUCAUAUUCAAGUACAGGAGGAUAUGGUGACAGAUAUGAUGACGACCGUUAUGAAGGUCGGCAUGGGAGCAGGGAUGAAGAUCGAAAUGGAUAUGGCUAUGGAAGAGAAAAAGAAUACAACUAUAGGGAUGAUGAUCGAUAUGGUAAAUAUGGGGACUCAUAUAGUCGUAAUGGAGAUCGAUUUGGCAGAGAUUCUGAAGAACGCUACAGCAGGGAUGGAUACAGGGAUGAUGAAUUCCGGGGAAGAAGUCCAAAUGUUGAUGAUUAUGGAUCCAGAAGCAGAAGUUCUGAUAGAGAUCGUGAUUUUGAGGAUGAUGGUCAUUCCUCAUCUCGUGGUAGCGGUACCAGAGCUGAUAAUCAUCCACAGGAUGGAAGGCAACUUGAGAGAAAGUUUUCUGAACAAAAUAUUGCUCCUCCUAGUUAUGAAGAGGCUGUAAGUGAAUCCCGAAGCCCAGCUCACAGUGAAAGGAAUGGAGAAACUUCAGCGACAUCUGUUCCUGGAAUUUCUUCUCCAUCAAUUCCUAAAGCUUCUUCCCCACCUGUUCCUAAAGCUGCUUCUCCAUCUGCUAGCAAUAAUCCAAGUCAAGCAACCACUGCUUUCAGUUCAUCAGCCUCUCGUGUAGGACAGGGAGUUGAGGUGGCUGAUGAAUUUGAUCCACGUGGUCCUGGUUCAGCUGGCUUCAUUGCCACUGCUGCUUCUGCUGUUGCUACUACCUCAAACAGUGGUGAAAUGGAUUUACUUGGCUCUCUGUCAGACUCAUUCGCUGCAAAUCCAUUGGCCAUCAUGCCAGUGGCCCCUGUUUCUGAAAGUGAAAGCCAGGCAAACUUUUCAGGAUCCACAUUUGCUGGAACACAGCCGGCAGCUAACAUUGUAAAUCAGUCUUUUGAAGAUCCAUUUGGUGACUCUCCUUUCAAGGCUAUCCCUUCCACAAAUGAUUCAAUCUCAGCUCAGCAGACUGCAGCCACUGUUCAGCCUGCUAUGCAUCAAAAUGCGGAAAUGCCUCACACAGUGCCACAAGACACCAUAAAUAACUUUGGCUUUGGAGACACAUUAUCUGGGAUUACUUAUUCGGCACCUAAUGUUCAACAAGCCUCAGCAAACUCACAGUUUAUGCCUCAGGAACUUUCAACUUCUCAACAGGAAACAGAUAUUCUGGCAGAUAUCCUCCCACUGCCUCCUCCUUCACCUGCUUUAGCUACACAGACUGGUUUUUCACCGCUGGGAGGCCAGCCUGUUGAGGCAGGUGCCAAUAUUUAUGGAAACUACAAUUCAAAGGCAGGACCUGUGGCACCCGUAGGUCCAAAUAUGGGUCCUCAGGCUGCACAAUUCAGCAGUGGAAACUACCCCCUGCAAGGAGUAUCUUCAGCUCCUAUCCCUUCAAACAUGGGUCCACAAACCCUGGCUGGCCCAGGGACGCAGUUUAACAGUGGAAACUUUUUUCCACAACAAGGUUCUGUAACUGGAUCCUCUCCACAGUUUAACAAUGGAAACUUCCUUCCACAACAAGGCUCUGCUGUCCCAGUUGGCUCAACACCAGCUCAGCAUCCUGCAACUGGACUGGUUCCACAGUUCAGCAAUACAAACUUUCUCCCACAACAGGGCAAUGCUGCACCAGAUGUCUCACAAUCUGUUCACCAUAAUGCUACUGGACCAAUUCCACAAAUCAACAAUGGAAACUUUCUUCCACAACAGGGCUCUGCUGCCCCAACUGUUUCACAAGCUGCUCACCAUACCGCAACAGGACCAACUCCACAGUUUAACAAUGGAGGCUUUAUGCCACAGGGCUCUGCUGCUCCAGUUGUUUCACAAGUUGGGUAUCAAACUCCAAAUGCCUCUACUGCUCAACACAAUGAUGACAUCUUGGGCAACUUAUUUCCACAAGGGCCGAAAGUUUCAUCUCAGCCAGCUCUUACUUCCUCGACAGGAUCACUUGCAACAUUUCCACAACCAUCCAAGGACAAAUUUGAGACCAAGUCAACUGUUUGGGCAGAUACACUGAGUAGAGGGUUGGUCAAUUUGAACAUCUCUGGACCAAAAAUCAAUCCAUUGGCUGAUAUUGGAGUUGAUUUUGAUGCCAUAAAUCGCAAGGAAAAGAGAUUGGAAAAACCAACAACAGCUCCUGUUACAUCUACUAUCACAAUGGGUAAAGCUAUGGGAUCUGGUUCUGGCAUGGGUCGAGCCGGUGCAAGUGCUCUUAGGGCUCCUCCAAAUCCAGUGAUGAGUCCUGGCAUGGGAAUGGGUGCAGGCAUGAAUAUGGGCAUGGGUAUGGGUGGAGGUCCAGGUCCUGGUGCAGGCAUGGGCAUGGGGGGUUAUGGAGGCAUGAAUCAUCCCAUGGGGAUGGGCAUGGGAAUGAACAUGGGCAUGAAUACGGGUAUGGGGAUGAAUAUGGGAAUGGCACAAGGUGGCCAUAUGCAACCUCCUGGAACGGCCAUGCCUGGUGGUUAUAACCCGAUGAUGGGCACAGGGGGUUACCCUCAACAGCCUUAUGGUGGAGGUUAUCGAUAAUUGUGAACCACUUUGUUAUAUUAAAGUGUAAUCAAUACCAGCUAUCUUUGUGAGAUAAAAGAGAUGGCAAUGGCACCGAACGUUACAAUUGAACACAGCAUACUAGUCUCAUAUACAGUUCGAGAAUGCAUAUUUGGUCUAUAGUUGUAAUCUUUUUGACGUGGUGCUUGAUGUGUAUCUAUCAUCUCUAUAAACUUUCUCACUAUUGAUUGCGAAUCAUUCAUUUUGGGUCGGAAGAAUCGAUUUAGGCGUAUUUGCUGAUUCAGCUGUUGUGAAUUUGUAAUACGGUGAGCAUAACCUUUCUUAGGUUGUCGACCCUCUUUUAGCUUUUCGCUUAUAUUUUUUUGUAACUCCUCAGAUUUAUGCUAUGCUUGGCUGUUCAAAAAUACAAUAAAUCCGAAAAUUCAUUUGUCUACCCAUUUA